UCUUGUAUUUUGAAUAUGACACUCGCACUUAAGGACAAGGUUUUAUUCAUUAGUGGUGCUUCUCGAGGAAUUGGGUUAGCGAUAGCUUUGAGAGCUGCAAAAGAUGGAGCAAAGAUCUCUAUCGCUGCAAAAACUGCUACACCACAUCCAAAGUUACCUGGCACAAUAUAUACUGCUGCGGAAGAAAUUGAACGUGCGGGAGGAAAAGCUCUUCCGUUGGUAUGUGAUAUUCGUGAUGAAGAAUCCGUCAAGUCGGCUAUACAAAAAACAAUAGAAAAAUUUAAUGGAAUUGACAUUGUUGUUAACAAUGCAUCCGCGAUUUCUUUAACCGACACUGAAAAUACUACUCUCAAAAAAUACAAUCUCAUGCAUGAAAUUAAUGCUCGUGGAACUUGGUUGGUAACAAAGUAUGCACUCCCAUACCUUAUCGAAAGUGGAAAACAAGAUAGAAAUCCUCACAUAUUGAACAUUAGCCCACCACUUUCCAUGAAAGAGCAAUGGUUUUCGGACCAUGUUGCAUAUUCAAUCGCUAAAUUUAACAUGUCACUUUGUAUUUUGGGGUGGGCUGGUGAAUUCCGUGAACAUGGAAUUGCUGCAAACGCACUUUGGCCAGUCACUUCGAUCGACACAGCCGCUUUGAGUAUUUUAGAUAAACAUACUUCAUCUAAAUCUCGAACUCCUCAAAUUAUGGCAGAUGCUGCUCAUUUGAUUCUCACCAAAAAUUCUACAGGUUUCAGUGGUAAUUUUGUAAUUGAUGAAAUUAUUUUAAGAGAACAUGGCCAGACAGAAUUUGAUCAGUAUCUCGUUACACCUGGAAACAGAGAUUUAGUACUUGAUUUAUUUGUAGAUGAUGAAGUAUUUAACAAAUUAAAACCUUUAUGGAAAGAAGAUAGAAGAAAAAAAAAUCCAAAAUUAUAAAUUAUUAAAUCAUCCUAAUAAGGAAUAAUUAAUAGUAAAGAUUUUCUUAGUAUAAAAAAAAGGUUAAGGUUAAUUUUCGUAUAUAAGAUUUUCAAGUAGCAUAAUUUUUGAAUUGGGGUAAAUGAUUUAUUGUUCAACGCUAUUUUUUUACUUGCACAAACAAUUGUUCAAUAAAAUUAUUUCAGUCCUA